AUGGCGACACCAGAACCCAAUGCUCCCACACUGGAGCAGAAGUCUGCGUCCCCAGACGUGUCUAGGGAACAAAAGACAGAGCUCAAUGGGCUCAAGCCACCUUCUAGUCCCAAAGCCGCGGAAAGCGAAGCGGCAGCACCAAAAGUCAACGGCAACGGAACUAAGUCGGAUAGCAACGACGGUCCGAACGGCGUAACAGCCACCAGCGAAGAGGGCGCCGCCUCUCGCAAAUCCGAAGAAGCCGCCCCCGCCACAGAGACGAUACCUGCUGACGAGGCGGGCACUAAGCCAGACGCCGAUUCCGUAACGUUACCGGAAGCUAAGGCCGAGGCAGAGAAGGAGGAGGAGAAGAAGGAGCCGGAGGCGCCGGCAACGGUAAACGCCAAGAAGAGCGAGGACGUCGAUAUGACCGACGCUGAUGCGAAGCCUGACACCACCGAAGCUAUCACCACCUCUACGACUACUGCUACCGAACCCUCCACUAUAGAAAAGCCAUCCUCUUCUUCGGACGCGCAACCUCCGAAGACCGAAGAAUCUAAAGAGGCGGAAUCCGCCGGACCCAAGUCUUCUGAGCCUGAGGAGAAGAAACCUGCCGACACCGGCGACGCUAUGGCCGUCGACGAGAAGCGAGAAUCUCCCGCCACAGAACAGGAACAAGACGUUUCUACGCAAGGUCCCGAAGGCAUGUCCCAGCUCAACAUUACCGACGAUGCCAUUGUCCAGUCCCCCGUCGACGAGCAUGUCGACGUGGCGAUGGAUGAUGCCGCACCCACUUCCUCGGCCAAGAUUGCCCGGGAACGCGACGAGGAUUCGGGCGACGAGCCCCUUGCGAAACGCGCCAAGACAGAGCCGCAGGAAGAGGUCCAGGUUUCGACAGUAACCGCCGAGCUUAAGAACUCUAAGGGACUGCAAGGCAUAGAAAAUUGGAACAACACCGAUCUCGAAAAGCGCGUCCUCACACCUUACCAGAUGCGGGAGAUGCGGCGCAUUAUCGCGGGUGUCAAGAAGACCAAGAACGGAAUGCACUUCAAGGACUCCGUAGUAAAGCUCUGGCCUACGCUCGCGGCCGCAUACUUGGACAAGGUGGAGGACCCUACAGAUCUCGGUGAGCUCGAGCGCGGACUACGCGACCAGCAUUUCCGCACCCUCGGUGACUUUAAGGGAAGGCUUUCUCUAAUUUAUAAGAACACUUUGACUUUCAAUGGCGAGUAUCACGACAUCACCCACGCCGGCCUAAACGUCGUCGAGACCAUCUGGACAAAAUCGCUAUCCGUGCCGGAGGAGGAGCCUCCGCGGUCCAAGGCCACGUCGAAGCAUAUGCCGUCUCGUCACCACGAGCACCGCGCCUCUGCCCACCACGUGUCUCCCCCUGCGGAGACUCCGACCGCAAAGGCGGCUGCUACUCCCGCGGCUGCGGAACGCCCACCUCCCAAGUCGAAGCAGGCACAGGCGAACCGCAGGGCUUCCAGCAUUGCCACGAGCCCCACAGACGGUCCUGAGUCUCAAACUUUCGCCCUGCCUCCAGGAGGUGUACCGCAGAUCCGACGCGCUUCGACAAAUGCCGAUGGCGACAGGCCCAAGCGGGCUAUUCACCCGCCCAAGAGCAAGGACAUCGAUUAUUCGUCCAAGUCCUCAGUCUCCAAGAAGAAUCUCAAGCCCGAGAUCCAAUUCUGCGAUGAAGUGCUUCGUGAAAUUAUGGAUGAGAAGCACUUCCACCUCAAUGCGGCCUUCCUCGUCCCCGUUGACCCCGUUGCCCUCGGUAUCCCUACGUAUUUUAAUAUAAUUAAGAAGCCAAUGGACCUGAGCACGAUCGCGGCCAAGCUGAACGCUGGGGAGUACACCCACCCCAAACAGUUCCAGGGCGAUAUGGAUCUGAUGUUCAAUAACUGUUUCAAGUUCAACACGGCGGGUACCCCCGUGCACGUCCAGGGCAAGCAGCUCAGGUCUCUCUUCCAGUCGGAGAUGGCCAAGAAGGACCAGUGGCUCGCCAAGCACGCGUCCAGCAAAGCGGGAUCGACGGCAUCCGACCUCCACAGCGACGAGGAGUCCGAGGCCGAGGCCGAGGUUUCCGUGGGUGGAGGCGACGCGGCGGUGCUGGCGGCGACGAUCGCGACGCUGCAGGAGAAGCUGCAAGAGGAGACGACGAAGCUGAAUCAGCUGUACAUGGAGGAUCUCCCGAAUGAGGCGCUCAUCAGGCUCCAGUCAACUGUGUUGUCUACCGUCCAACAGAGUUUGCUCGCGGAGAAACAGAAGUUCGCCGCCAUGAGGUCGGAGAAGCCCGCCAAGGCCAGGCCUAGCAAGCCGGGCAAGGCCAAGGGUGGCGCCGGUGGUGGUGGUGGUGGUAGGAAGUCGACGGCUCCCGCGGUUCCCAAGAAGUCCGGCGGCGGCGCUAAGAAGCCCGCUAAGAAGGAGCGCUCUUGGGGCGCCGCCGAGAGGAACCAGAUCGCCAAUGCACUCAGCGAUCCUUCGUAUCCGAGCAUCGAACAGGCAAUUUCGAUUAUCAAGAAGGAUACCGGCCAAGCCGAAAACAAUGCUGGUGUGCUCGAAUUGGACAUCGACCAACUCAGCACCAACGCGAUUCAGAAGCUGUGGGAUCUCUGCGCCAAGGCGAUUCCCGGUUUCGGACGAGACGGCGGGGCGUCGGCGGAUGCGGGUCUCGGCGGCGGCAGCAGUCCCCACAUGGACAACGCACCGCUGUCGCGGCCGCCGAAGCCCAAGAAGAAGAACAAGCCCAUGAACGCUCGGGAGCAAGAAGAGCGCAUCAGCAAGCUCAAGGGCAUCCGCGAUCAGUUCCGUACGGGUGGUGCUGGUGCUCGGGCAGGAUCGCCUAAGACGAUGAAUGACUCGAUUACCGCGGCUCUAACGCCGACGGCGAUGGAGGAUAGUAGUGACUCGUCGGACUCGGAAGAGGAGUAA